UUUUUUAAAAAAAAAUCUCCGGAAGCUAUUUAUUUGUGGACAUACGCGCCACAGUCACAUCAACAUCCACAUAGCAGCGUGGAACUCCCUGGAAGCCUGGAACCAAUUAAUCAACACUGCCACCUCGCCGCCGCCGUGCUAGACCUGCUGCGCUGAUGAUGGCCACCACCCCGGAAGCGUCCCGCCGACGCCGUGGCGGCACAAGCCCGUACAUGCCCGUCGCGGCACACGAGCUCCAGAGGCAGAUGUCCAUGCCGGCCGCCUUCGCGGCCACCUUCGCGUCAUGCGGCUCCGGAGGCGGCCACAUGAGCAGCGACGGCGACAACGACAGCGACGGCGAGCUCCGCGGGCGCGCGGCCCGGCCAGGAGCAGGCGGCGUGGUCCGCGCGCUGCGGGCGUGGAUCGCGAGGGGCAGCAGGAGGAAGGCGGCCGUCAUGAGCAGGAGCGGGUCGUCGGUGAAGGAGCAGCAGCAGUACGGGCACGAGGAGUACGCGCAGAACUUCGACGAUGGCGGCGCGGCGGCGGAGCCCGAGAACCUGUCGCGGUCCUUCUCCGCGCGGUACGCAAGGCAAGCGCCGUGGGACGACGGCGGGGCUCGCCGGCGUGGAAUGAAACCAGCUCUUUUUCGCCUAAACGCUCCGACUCCGACCAUCACUGCUCCACCGGCGCCAUAGACACAUGGUCUCAAGUGAUCGACAGACAGGGGCGCGCUCUGAAUUUGGGCGGUGCCAUGAACUCAGUCAAUUUCAGUGUAGCGACUAGUCAUUAGUGAGACACUUGGGCCUUGUUUAGGCCUUGUUUAGUUCACCCUGAAAAUCAAAAAGUUUUCAAGAUUCUCCGUCACAUCGA